AAUCGACCUCUUUUUUUUUUUUUUUGGUGGGUCAUCUUCACUUCUAGAGAUUUGGUUGCCUGGAUGCCUGUUCAGUGUUUCUAUAUAUUAUUUAUAUUAGAAUUAUUUUUUCCCUCACUCUAAGCUAAAACUCCCCCAUCGCUGUCAGAAGUGUCUUCUACCUUGUCCUGCCCAUUGUUCGCUCCUUCAUUUCCCAGAAAGAUUUGUGCAGCUACUGGGGCUCUCUAUAUGAGUUUCAAGUGCUUAUUUCCCAGAUUCACAUAAAGGGCUGGCUAAGGAUAGCCUUUGGACUUCUUAGGUUUUUGGAAAGUGAGGCAUGCAGAGGACCAAGAAACCAGACACUUCAAUGGGAGAAGACGUCAUGGAAAACCCAGGAAUUAAUUGCCUGUCAUGUUCUUCCACCCGAGAGCAGCAUUUCCACAGUUUCAGCGUAUCAGGAGCGUAUGAAGAUAUAUUAAACAUCUCACCUCGGGUAUCCUACCACAAUCCUACUAUCCACAUAGAGAGAAUACUACAUGACCAAAAUUCUAUGAGCUUUCAAUAUAGGAUAUCAGGGUAUACCCCGAGAAUGCCUUUUGCUGCAACUGAAACUCCAGCUUCCAAGUCUGUUGUAGAAUUAGUAAAGGAGAUCUCUGCUCUUGAGUUGGAAGUUAUACAUCUGGAACGGUAUCUUCUCUCACUAUAUCGGACUGCUUUUGACCAAUAUCUAGCUAGCUCCUCUACUGCUGCAGACCAUGCCUCUAGGUCUCCUCUAGAAUGUCAUGCAGGACCUCUAAGACAAGAUUCUACAAUUCAGAUAUCACAUCAGGCAACUCAUUCCAUUAGUCCUGAUCCAGUAGUUGACAAAUCAUGUCAUUCUCAAAGCCUUGAGAGAGUUGAGGAGAGUGCCUCCAGUUGCAGGCAUACUGAAAAUUCUUCCGCACAUGAUUUGGCAUUUAGUUCAGAUCUCAAGAAUGAUAUACCAAAAUCUGUUUCUGGACAUCGAAGUCUGGCAGAUCAUCUUGGUGCCUCCAUCACCGACCACGUGCCUGAGAUUUGUUGCAAACUUUCUGAAGAUAUUAUCCGAUGCAUUUCUGCUAUAUACUGCAAACUUGCAAAUCCUCCGGCUCAACAUGUUGAGCAGGUGGCUUCACCUACUCCAUCUGUGUCCUCUUCUAGCACAUUUUCUCCACAGGAUCCUUGUGAUAAUUGGAGUCCUCAGUGCCACUAUGAAGCUACAGCAAGUCCCUCUCAAUUUGAAUCACUUAAAGCUAAGAGCUUUCAGUGCAGUGAUAUGGUAGAAAUUCCACAGAUACAUAUUGAUGGUGAGAGAUUUGGUUAUGCCUCUAAGAUGCUCAACAUUUUCAGAUCCCUUAUUCAACAUCUAGAGAAGAUUGACCCAAGAAAAUUGAGGCACGACGAGCAACUUGCUUUCUGGAUCAACAUUCACAAUGCCUUGGUGAUGCAUGCUUUUUUAGCUUAUGGACUGCAUGAGAAUCACAUGAAGAGUACAUAUUCAAUCCUAAAAGCAACCUAUAAUGUAGGUGGGCAUUCAAUAAAUGCUUAUGCUAUUCAGAGUUCAAUUCUUGGAUGCCAAACCCAUCGUCCAGCAUUGUGGCUGCGCUCAAUAUUCUCACCGGCAGUAAAGUUCAUGAAUGGCAAUGGCAAGCAUCCAUAUGCUCUUGAUCGUCCCGAGCCACUUGCGCAUUUUGCUCUUUGUUCAGGAGCAUGCUCUGAUCCUCCUGUUCGACUCUACACUGCGAAAGGUAUCUAUCAGGAGCUUGAGCUUGCAAAAGCUGAGUUCAUUCAAAUCAAUGUCUCGGUCCGAAAGGAAAAGAAGAUUGUUCUGCCAAAGAUUUUAUACUACUAUGCAAAAGAUGCUUAUCUAGAAUUGUCUGGCCUUAUGGAGAUGGUUUGCAACUGCGUGCCAGAAGCCCAGCAAAAAGCCAUCAGAGAAUGCCUUAAAAGAAAGCUUGAUAAGUGUGUUGAAUGGUCGCCAUGCAAAUCAACUUUCAAAUACCUUGUGCAUAGAGAUUUUGCUAAAUAAUGGAAAACCAUCUCUUCUUAAUUAUGGAACAUUGCAUCGUGUGAUCCUCCAACAGUAAAGCUGUUCAUUUGUGUAUUAUUGUGUAUAAAGCCGUGGUAGGAGUGUGUUCAUGCAGCAGAAAUUUUAGGUCUUCACCAGCAUUUUAUUGAUA